AUGGAGAACAUGGUGAUGAAGUCAUAUCCAGUAGAAUCCAGAGACGAAGAGGAAGAGGAAGGAAAGUGUGGGCAUUGCUUGUUGAUGAAAGGAGGUGAUUGCAGAGACUCAUUCACGGCUUGGGAAGUUUGUGUGGAGGAAGCUAAGGACGAAGAUUUAGUCACCAAGUGUAUGGAUGUCACCAAUACGUUGUAUAAAUGUGUUGUUGCUCACACCGAGCCUUUUCUUACAGCAGAGAAAGUUGUCCGAGAAGAACAGGUGAAGAACGAAGAGAUCUCUGAGGAGGCGAGAAAGGUCAUUUACUUUGUUGAUGUCCAUCUCCAUGAAUGUUUUCUUUUCUUGUUUCGUAAGCUACAAGGAGAAUUUGAAAUCAAGAACGUGAAAACAGGCCCAAGUGUAGCUGAUGCUGCUGUUUUGAAUGCUUUCCCGAUGAGCAGCUUCGCAAGAACUAUGCUUGCUACUUGUCUACGUCUGCUGGUCCUGUGA